UCUGGGAGGGGGGUGAUGGCAGCUGCUUGGUGUGCGCGCGCACCCAGCUGUGGUCGGUUCGACAGCGGCGACCAAAAUGGCGAAGGCAACAUCUUCCUGCGACCAACAGUUUGUUCAAAUUCAGCGAAAACUUCGUAUAAAACAAGACUGAGAGUUUUCCUCCGAGUACAUAAAAGCAGACCUCCGUCAUUAAUUCGUCGUCGCCGAACAUCACUCCCAUUCCAAGGCGCUAAACCAGUGUUGAAUCCUCCAAAUCACCCCUUGCUACGAUUAAAACAUGGCUCAAUUGAAAUGUUGAAGAGCGCUUGGAGAGGAAAAAACCCAGGAGAAGAGGGUGACAGCGACAGACAUGGAGACGGCGACAAGGACAGCGACAUGGAGGUGGUAGCGGCACGUUUGAAAGUGAAGCGAGCCUGCUGCCAUCUGGCCCACAACUGGCCAACCAGCAGUAAUUGUCACCAUAGCGAGAAUGAUGGCUCUAAGAUUUGUCGGUCGCUCCACUACAUUUCGCCCAGUAUUUCUAACUGUGGAACGAUCUGUUUAUGGCCUCCAAUUUGUACCACGGCUUCCUGACCCCUAAAUGUGUCUUCGGGUCGCCUAUUGAAAUGUUGCAUCAAGACGAAGUGUUUUCCAACAUCUCUUCUCUUGUUUUCUUAUUAGUUGAACCACUUAAUUGUUGUUUAUCGCUACAUGAAUGCUUGUUAUGUUUAUAAACUAUUUCAUUUUUAAUC